CCUUACUCUGAGCUGUACGAAGGACCCCGUUAUCAGCUGUUGUCCUGUGUGUCCCAAGCUAACUGAUGUGAUCGGGUCUUAGAAAUAUUUGACCCCAAAUUCACACGACUUUCGCGUUUGCCAUGGCGACCCGUCGGGCACUGAAGGCUGUUCUCAUUGACCUGAGUGGCACACUCCACAUAGAGGAUGCUGCUGUCCCAGGAGCACAGGAGGCCUUGGCGAGGUUAAGGAGUGCCCCUGUUGCGGUGAAAUUUGUCACCAACACAACCAAAGAAUGCAAGCGGACCUUGCUGGAAAGGCUCCGCAAAUUGAACUUUGACAUCCAAGAGCAGGAGAUCUUCACCUCUCUCACGGCUGCUCGCAACCUGCUGGAGCAGAGGAAAGUGCGCCCCCUGCUGCUCGUAGAGGACAGUGCCCUGGAGGAUUUCUCAGGUAUUGAUACAUCGGAGCCCAAUGCUGUCGUGGUUGGACUGGCUCCUGAGCACUUUAACUACCAGAUGCUCAACAAAGCCUUUCGUCUAAUGCUGGACGGGGCGCCCCUGAUAGCCAUCCACAAAGCGCGCUACUACAAGCGCAAGGACGGGCUGGCCCUGGGCCCUGGGCCCUUCGUAACGGGGCUCGAGUACGCCACAGACACCAAGGCCACCGUGGUGGGCAAGCCGGAGAGGACCUUCUUCCUGGAGGCCCUGCGAGACCUGGACUGCUCCCCGGACGAAGCCGUCAUGAUCGGAGACGACGCAAGAGACGAUGUAGGAGGAGCACAGAAUUCCGGCAUGCAAGGAAUACUCGUUCAGACUGGGAAAUACAGAGCUGGAGACGAAGGGAAGAUCAGCCCGCCACCAUAUUUGACCUGUGAGAGUUUCCCACAGGCCGUAGACCACAUCCUGCACACGCUCCUCAAGUCUGAUUGAUGUGUGCUCAUAGUGGACACACCAGCAAGGUAAACAGCAACAGUAGGCACCCUACUGGUUAGGGAAUCGGACUUGUGACUAAAGGGUGGCUGGUUUGAUUCCUGACCGGUAGGGAAAAUGUGGGUGGGGAUGGAUUGCCCAGCACUCUCCCAUAUCCACAUCCAGAGAUGAGGUUCCCUUGAACAAGGCACCCAACUGCUCCCUGGUCACCGGAAACAAGAGCUGCCUUCUGGUUUGGGUGUGUAUGUGUACUGACUGUUAGGGGGGGAUCACACUGGAAAUAGCAAAGCGGCAGCGGUAAGCAUAAUGCACCGCUCAGACCAUAAUAAGUUCUAUCUCGUUCCUAAGUCACAAACACGGUCUGCCUAAACUGACAAUUGAAUAUGCUCACGUUACGCUUUGAAAGUUGAACCAAGUUCAGCGCUCUGCUUAUUCGACACUAGUGUUCCGCUGGUGCUGCAACCGUUCCGCUAGUGAAAUAUAGCGAUCAAUAGGAAAUGUGGUUGCCGCUGGUCAAUGUGACCCCCGCCUUACCGGUGUAUGCUGAAUAUGCUCCUGACGAGCUCACUGUUCCUAGUGUGUCUGUCUGUCUGUGUGUGUGUGUGUGCGCGUACAGUAUACGUACGGUCCCAUCAGAUGGAUUAAUGCUGAAGACAAAUUUCCUACAGGCCAAAUAAAGUAACUUACCUUACCUAGAAAAGCCUACACAAUCCACAUCACGUUUCUGUUUGCAGCUGUGUACAUAUUCGAAAUAUCCUUGUAUAGUUGGACAUUUUACUCAGAAUAAAAUAUCUGUGUGGAGAGAUUUAGA